AAGAAAAGAAAACUCUCUUAAUUUGUUGUUAUGUACACCACCGUGAGGCUCUCGAUCUCCUACUUUGAUGGAACACCCACCAACCAAAAUGUUCACUCUUCACCCUGUUUCGUCAUCCUCGAUCCUAAUCCUCCCAAUAAUAUGUCAUGCAACAAAACGUUGGCCGUCCCCGUCCUCCUCCUCCCUACGGAGGCCGCUCCGGCUGCUGCCUCAAAUGCAUAUGUUGUUUUUACUGCAUCAUCUUCCUGUUCCUCAUAAUUUUAACGGUCAUAGCCCUCUUUAUUUACUUGUUCUUCAAGCCCCAGUUACCUUCCUAUUAUGUAGAAGACCUCCAGGUCCAGGGUUUCAAUGUUCGGAAUGACUUGAGCCUGGUUGCAAAGUUUCUGGUGGUGGUUAAGUCCGAGAAUCAGAAUGAAAACAUUGGAUUAAUCUAUGGAGAAGGAAGCUCUGUUUCUGUUCUGUACUCUGAUUUGAUCCUCUGUUCUGGGACGCUCCCUUCAUUUUAUCAGGGGCCUAAGAACAUUACAAUUAUGGAUGUUUUAAUGCGAGGGGAGAAUAGGCUCGGCUCGGGACUUAAGGAGGCCAUGAUGGAUCAGAUGAACAACCAUAAGAUCCCGUUGCUGGUCAUGGUCAAAGUGCCCUUGAGAAUUGUUGUCGCGGACCUUCCCACCACCCAGGUUACAGUUUUCGUCAAUUGCUCCAUGCUCGUUGAUAACUUGUCGCCCUUCAGCAAGCUUCAGAUCAUAAUCACGGGAUAUUCAGUGGGUUUUCAGAUUUGAGCUGCUUUUCAUACAAAUUAACACGAAUCUUUAAUAU